AUUACAAGGGCAAGGGCCUGCUCGCCCUGCGAAGCGCGGAAAAAAGGGGGGAGUCGCCGACAUGAUGAAGGGGAUGGCCGGAUCGUAGAGCAGCCGAGGCCGGAGGGAGAAGGCGCCGAGGUGGAAAUGAGCGGCACCAAGUAGCAGCAGCUCCGGGCCCCGGCGCACGCACACGCCGCUGCCGCCCGCUCCAGAGCCACAAGGAUGCGUCAGGAUGAAACGCCACAGGCACCUAAGCAGCAGUGACAGUUCAGACAAUGAAAGUCCCUCCACUUCUUUUUCUUCUUGUUCCAAGUACAGGAGUAAAUCAAAAACUCCAGCAAAUGAGCAAAAGAAACCUGCUGAGGUGUUUAGAAAAGACCUCAUUAGUGCCAUGAAACUUCCAGAUUCUCAUCACAUUAAUCCAGAUGAAUAUUACCUCUUUGCUGACACGUGGAAACAAGAAUGGGAAAAGGGUGUGCAGGUCCCAGCCAGUCUAGAUACUAUUCCACAACCUUCUCUAAGAGUUGUAGCAGAAAAGGUGAAAGAAGUACUGUACACACGGCCCAGGAAGUACAUCCGUUGUUCAACUCAAGAGCCCUCUGAGCCUGGUUACAUCAACAUUCUGGAACUGGCAGAAUCAAUGUGCCGUUAUGACUUGGAUGACAUGGAUAUUUUCUGGCUUCAGGAAGUAAAUGAAGAGCUUGCUGAAAUGGGGUGUGGGCAGCUUGAUGAGAACACAAUGGAGAAAAUGGUGGAAGUCCUGGAACGUCAUUGCCAUGAGAACAUGAACCAUGCUAUUGAGACAGAGGAAGGGCUAGGUAUAGAAUACGAUGAGGAUGUAAUCUGUGAUGUGUGCCGAUCUCCUGAUAGUGAAGAUGGGAACGACAUGGUGUUUUGUGACAAAUGCAACAUAUGUGUGCAUCAGGCAUGUUAUGGAAUUCUAAAAGUUCCUGAAGGGAGCUGGCUGUGCCGUACUUGUGUCCUUGGAAUACACCCUCAGUGUCUUCUGUGUCCAAAGAGAGGGGGAGCCAUGAAAGCUACCAGAACGGGCACCAAGUGGGCACAUGUCAGCUGUGCUCUCUGGAUUCCAGAGGUGAGCAUUGCUUGCCCAGAAAGAAUGGAACCAAUUACAAAAGUAUCUCACAUUCCACCAAGUAGAUGGGCUUUAGUCUGCAGCUUAUGCAAACUGAAAACUGGUGCUUGUAUUCAGUGCUCUGUGAAGAGCUGCAUCACUGCCUUUCAUGUCACCUGUGCCUUUGAGCAUAGCCUAGAGAUGAAAACCAUCCUGGACGAUGGUGAUGAGGUCAAGUUCAAGUCAUACUGCCUAAAGCAUAGCAAAACCAAGCAAAGCUUGUUGCCUGAGUCAGAUGACCACCCCAAGAGCACAGUGGACCAGAAGCAAACUGAGAGUGAGAAAACCAGCCUGCGUGCUCAGAAACUUCGAGAGCUGGAGGAGGAGUUCUACUCAUUAGUGAGAAUAGAAGAUGUUGCAACAGAACUAGGCCUUCCAAAAUUCACUGUGGACUUGAUCUAUAAUUAUUGGAAAUUAAAACGGAAAAGUAACUUUAAUAAACCAUUAUUUCCUCCCAAGGAGGAUGAAGAAAACGGCUUGGUUCAGCCAAAAGAAGAUAGUAUUCAUACUCGAAUGAGGAUGUUCAUGCACUUGAGACAGGAUCUAGAAAGGGUACGGAAUCUUUGCUACAUGGUAAGCAGAAGAGAGAAGUUAAAACUAUCUCACAGCAAAGCACAUGAGCAAGUUUUCAAUUUGCAAGUUCAGCUUAUUAAUCAAGAAAUUGCUGCAGGCCAUUCUCUUACAAGUGCAGUGGAGAGCACACUAUUUUAUCCGCCUCCUAGAAUCACCUUAAAGCUAAAGAUGCCAAAAUCAGCAUUAGGAGACUGCAAAAAUAAUUUGAAGCCUGGUAACAAGCCCCUUUCUCCUGACAAUAAUACUACAAUUUACUGCAAGAAGAGUAUUCCAUAUCCCAAGGAAUCUUUUCUUUCAAAUAUGAAAUCCUACUCAAGGUUUCAACAUGAAAAUAGAAAUAAUGGUUUACUUGGAGGGAUUGUCAAGUCUAGGAAUGAAGCAAAAGAGACUGGCCUGGCACAUUCUUCAGACUUCCAUCGCGGACAGUCAUCUGGCAAACCUUUAGCACUUCAAGCUGCAUUGCAUGGACAUUCUUCCAUUGGGAAUGGGAAAAUGCAGCAGAACUCUAAACUAGCAAAAUCUAAUGGCUUAAUGAGCAGGAUUGGUGAUGUCUCUCAACGAGACAGCUCCAGUCAAACAACAUAUGAGCAACAGUCUGUACUCUCUGCACAUUUGGCUAGCCAGAGCAGCUUCAGAAAAUCCACCAUAGAACACUUCAGCAGGUCCUUCAAAGAAGCAACCAACAGUUUGGUGAGGACCACAGAAGAUCUCAGAUGCUGCGAAAAACCUACAAGAAGACUUUCAAUGAGAGAGCGUUCAUGGGGCAAGCAGAUGCUUGAAUAUCCAAUGGGCAGUGCUCCUUACCAGGACAAUGAUGGCUAUUGUCCCGAUUUAGAGCUCAGCGACUCUGAAGCUGAAAGUGAUGAGAAUAAAGGACAGGUCAAAUUGAGGAGAAGUAGCUCAGAGAGAGAGAGCCCAAGUAAAGACUUCAGUAGAGAUUGUCACAGUAGAAACAAAAGAAAUUUGAUUUCUCAUAGUUCAGUACAAAGAUGAUUAGAAACCCUCAGUCACAAGAAUAACUCAGCCCUUGUGUAUCUAAAAAUACUGGCGUACACCACAGGAUCUACAGGUUAAAUAAUGCAGUUGUGGGUCAUGAACAAAAUAUGUUAUCACCUAGCAGUGAACAGCUUGCUGUUUAGAGAAAUUGUUGAUUGGGAUUUACAAGGUCAGUGUGCUAUAAAGGUCACUUGCAUAUUUCUGAAGAGAGUUUUUAAGUGUCAGCUUCCCUGUAUGGCAUGGAAUGUGCUGGGCUUUGUACUGGUGCACAGGUAUUCAAAAAGCCCUUCCAUUGUUCCAUGACAAUUUGGGAAACUAUCUGACAGUUCUUGUUUGCAACUGCAAUACAGUUGUGGUUUAUAGGAAAAUUUUAAGCAGUUGAUUUUUAAGGGAAACUUGUCAGCUGCUAGUACUCAGUAAAGCUGAGUCAGGUGCUUCAGUAUUUUUUUUUGGGGGGGGGGAAUGUACAUGACUACUAGAUAGAAAUCAUGUUUUCAGUGAGUUUUCAAACAAAGCAUGUGAUCCUAGAUAUUUACUUGAAAGUAAGACCCAUUGAGUUUAAAUAGGGCUUACUCCCAAGUAAACCUGGCUAGGAUCAGGAUGUAUGUAAUAUUUUCUCCUGACUUGCUGAAGAUUUACAGACACUACAGUCAAUGCUGCCGAACACACUGACCUCUCGGUUUUCCCCUUCAUAGUUUGCUCUUGCUGAAGAUUGUUUCCCUUUGCUAUAGCAACUUGCUGUAUUCUGUAAAUACUCUUUAACUUCUAGUAUUUUAUAAAAAUUGUUUUGUAAUCCUUGUGUAUAUAAAUAUAUAUAUAUAAAUUAUAUAUAUAUAUAUAGCUUGUUGUGGAUUGCACUUGUAAAAUAUUUUACUUGGCCAUCCAAUUCUGAUAUGGCUGAUAUGUGGAUAGUGUUUAAUACUAGAAGUACUUAAGAAUCUCUUGACAUAUUCAGGCAAUCACCGGUGAUGCCAGAUUCUCUCUUGUCAACUCAGAAAGCUUUUUUUUACAUGAACCACCUCAUUCACACUUUUUUGUUCCUCAGCUUGCAAAUACUUUGUCAGGUUUCUGAGCCAAGCCAUUAAAAUCUGUGUGUGCAAAGGAGCUUGUUGGUUUCUAAGUUAAGCAGGCAGCCAUGGUAAUCAAAAGUGGGAAACAUUAUGUGCCGUUUAAUUUGGUUUUCAAGAAAAUGGUGUCACAACUGCCUACCUUUAAGUAGAAAAAAUUGGUUUUAGUGUGCAAAAAUUGUUUCAUUAAUAGAAUCAUCACAAUUGUUGUUUGAAAUGCUGCCAUCUAAAGCUGAAGUAUUUAGGUCAAAUUUGAAAUCCAAUUAUUAAGGUAUAGCAGAGAGAAACAAAAGCUUUUCUUUGAAAGCCACAACUCUGAUGCAUUUUGUUGGAAAGGGCAAGUUUUUAAUAAGAGAAAGGAAAUAAAAUGAACCUGACAGUUUAUUCACUUCCUGCAUUCUUAAAGUUUGAUUUGUUUACUUUUUAUAUACUUAUGUAAUUCUAUCUUUUUUCCAAAGUGAUUUAUUUUUAAGGCAUUUCCAUUGAUGUGAAUAUGCAGCAGCUUUUUAAAAAAGUCCCCAUUCCUUUUUUUUUUUUGAGAAACGCUUGGCCUUUAAGUUGUGAGCCAUUCAGAAUGGUGCUGAAAAUGUUCACUCCCUUUUAUGAGAGUUUUAGUUCUCUUUUUUAAAAAUGUAUUUAUUGUUAACACUUUUUUACCGGUCGUAUGAGUAUAUGGAGGAACUUGGGAACAAUUCCUUGGGCCAGGAGGAAUAAACACAAUCAUGUUUUAUGCUAAGUGGCAUGAAUAAAAUACAAAGGGUGGUAAAUGGUGCUUCAACAGGAUUGCAGAGUUUUCCAAAUGUAAGGGUGAUGACUAAAAUAUCUUGCCAGGCAAUAGUGAUUUUUUAUUAUUUUUACAUGAUUUUAAUAGAUACAUGAAGGAGCCUUUGGCUUUAUAGCUCUCAAGUAUGUUUCUCCAGAGUGUAUUUGCUAGUUUUUCAGUGUGUUCAGUGGCUAACUCUUUAAAGUAUUACUUCUUAAUCUAAUUUGUUUUGUUCUCUUGUUUUGCUUUAUACAAAUAUAUAUAUAUUCAAUUUUUUCAAAAAUGGAUUGUCUUUUUCAGACAUCCCCUUUUUACAAUGCUUUUUUCAUUAAAUUAUGAAACUGCUAACCAUA